AAAAAACUGACAGAAGCUGCCGGUGUUUCUCAAACUGUGCUAUGUUUUUACUCAAAUGUCAAAAUCAUAUGUUUUUUAUCUCAAUAUGAGAAUUUAUUUAUAUACAACGUGCUUGUCUUGUUUGUUUAUUCAAUUGGAAUUUUAAUAUAAUUAAAUAUGACCACAAAAUUACCACUUGUGAUUGAAUUUAGUGCUGGUGCUGAAUUACUUUUCGAUAAUAAAAAACGUCAUAAAGUUGUUUUGGAAGGAAAAGACAAAUGGACUAUAAAUGAUUUAUUGGUGUGGAUGGUGGAUAACAUACUAACUGAAUCUCCAGAUCUGUUUAUUAAAGGCGACACAGUACGUCCAGGAAUAUUAGUGCUUGUUAAUGAUACAGAUUGGGAGCUCUUGGGUGAGCUCGAUUAUGAAUUACAACCGAAUGAUAAUGUUUUAUUCAUUUCUACACUGCAUGGUGGAUAAAUAUUCUUUUUUCAAAUAUUAUUUACACAAUCCUUUUUUUAUGAACAAUUUGUUUUAUUCAAU